AUGGACUCCUGGAUCUUCGCAUCGUCCCCUCCCAACCUGUCGGAGCACCUGAUGUACGACAGCUUCCUGCCGGGCAACGACUCCGACCUCCGUGAAAACUACACAGACCACAGCUUCAAUAAAACCAGCACGGUGGUCAUCACCUGCAUGUACUUUCUGGUGUGCACUGUGGGGCUCUGCGGGAACACUCUGGUAAUCUAUGUUAUCCUGCGCUACGCCAAGAUGAAGACCGUGACCAACAUCUACAUCCUCAACCUGGCCGUGGCCGACGUGCUGUUCAUGCUCGGCCUGCCGUUCAUCGCCAUCCAGCUGGCGCUGGUCCACUGGCCGUUCGGCCCCGUGCUCUGCAGGGUGGUGAUGACCGUCGACUCCCUGAACCAGUUCACGUCCAUCUUCUGCCUGAUGGUCAUGAGCAUCGACCGCUACCUGGCUGUGGUGCAUCCCAUCAAGUCCACAAAGUGGCGCAAGCCGCGCAUGGCCAAGACGAUUAACGUCGCGGUGUGGGGGUCGUCGCUCGUGGUGAACAUUCCCAUCGUCAUUUACAGCGGAGUCGUCACAAAGCACGGCGGCUGCUUCUGCACCAUCGUGUGGCCGGAGCCCCAGGAGGCCUACUACACAGCGUUCAUGUUCUACACCUUCGUCCUGGGCUUUUUCCUGCCCCUCAUGGUCAUCUGCCUUUGCUACUUGUGCAUCAUCUUCAAGGUGAAGUCCUCGGGCAUCCGCGUGGGCUCCUCCAAGAGGAAGCGCUCGGAGAGGAAGGUGACUCGGAUGGUGUCCAUCGUGGUGGCCGUGUUUGUCUUCUGCUGGCUGCCCUUCUACGUCUUCAACGUCACGUCGGUGACGGGAACCAUCAGCACCACUCCCAUCCUGAGGAGCACCUUUGCUUUUGUGGUGGUUCUGGGAUACGCCAACAGCUGCGCCAACCCCAUCCUCUACGCCUUCCUGUCGGAGAACUUCAAGAAGAGUUUCCAGAACGUCCUGUGUCUGAAGAAGGCGGGCGGGCUGGAUGAGGCCGACCGCAGCGACAUCCGGCAGGACAAGUCUCGUAUGAUCAACGACCCCACGGAGACCCAAAGUACUCUGCUGAACGGGGACCUGCAGACCAGCAUCUGA